CCAUUAGUGUUCCCUGGGCUGUGGCCUGCAGCAGGGUGACUGAGAGCAUGUGCCAGAGAGGCAGUUGCCCUGGGGCUUCAGCUCGCUGGGAGCACUGCAAUGACCAGGAGCUGCUCCCUGAAAGGGUCCAGGUUUCUGGGCAGGGGCAGAUGUCCUCAUGCUUUUAUCCCCUUAGCAGCAAAAUCCAAUGUUGCCUGCAUGGCUGUGAAGCCAAGAGCCAACUGUGUCUCCCAGCCAGGAGCCCUGGCUAGCAGUGCUGUCCCAAGGCAGCUGGGCAAGCAAGAUCCUCGUGCAGGGCUUGCCUGUUUUAGAUGUACGCAUAGGUCUGAGAGGAAGGGCACUGCCUAUGCCUCUUUACUGACUGUGAAAGGAGUCUAGAUGAUCAGCAGAGAUGUAGACUUCACAGUAGCCACCCUGAGGUUAGAUAAAACAACUCGCAUCCCCACUGUUUAAACCACGUGUUAACUCAUGCCCUAGGCAAAGACUGGAUUCCCCAGAUGGGCCAGGUGCAAACCAGACAGGUAGAAAUCUAGGUACCUAGGGCUCCAGCUAGGCUCUGGCCUCAGAACACAAGGCAGAGAUCUCUUGAGGAAGAUCUCUGCCCUCUUUCAGCUAUCUGAUACAUCCUGCUUGGGAUUGUGACCACUAACCUGCUGAAUGAAAACAUGGUCCAGGAUUUUGUUACCUUGAGCUGUUUUGUUUGUGCCAAGGAGAUAAAAACAGGUCUUGGAAAAUAAACCUGAAACUCCAGACAAGGUUUCUGUUGCUAAACUUGGAUGUCUGGCUGACUUUUGUUGAGCUGCUGAGAUCCUGGGUCUAACCUUGCAAGAGCUGUGAAGAUCUAAUUGCUGUUUCUCAGAUUCAGUCUGAUCCCCCAACUCCCACAAUCCCCUGGCAACUUUUCUUCUCCUGUCUCUGUUUCUUGCUACUGCAUCCCUGCACUGCCAUUCCACAGCCUCUCCACACUCUUGUCUGGUUUAGUUUGCUCACUGCUACACGUGCAGAUUCACAGACAGCUAGGGCAUGUGAACUACAAGGUCUUUUGAUUUAGCCUAACUCUGUCUUUUCAAAAGAACUAGAAUCCAAAGAACUAGAAAAGCAAACCACUCGAAACAAGACAGACAGGAAGAUACACAGUGGAUUUUUCUGUGCUCUCAUAAAUAAAAGUCAGACGAUCACAUGUUUUUCUAAAAAUAACACCCAUGGUGAGUGUUUCAGUAGGAAUAAUACUGACCUAGUUUGCAUGUUACCCACAUACAAAAAUAAGAUGGUGAGGAAACCCCAGUUGUCUGAUGUGGUAUUUGCAUUCGUUGAACCAGAUCUGAAUUGAGAAGCGGCUAAUUAGAUUGUAUAUUCUUACCUCUUCUGCUCUUCUAGAGGAUUCAGUGAAGUGGGAAAGGGGGAUGCUUGCUGGUAAGAUGGCACAGAGUGGUUGCUUUCCUUCUGCGGGUGCUUGACAUGCGUAUUGCCGCUGUCUGCGAUCACACAGCGGAGCACCGUGCCCCGUUGUCAAAGAGGGUUUGCGUAAGCAGGAAUCCUCUUCUCUAGAUUUGGUCCAGCACGUUCACUUCCAGAGAAAAGGCAGAUCAGAGGAGACCACAUAUAUGAAUUCAGCUUCCUGUCUCCAUCCAUUAGGCAGAGCUAGAUCAAAACAUUUUGCUAUUGAAGGAGGCCUUCUCUGGCUGCCUCUCAGCCCCAGAGGACUCAGACUGCUGGGCAGUCCCUGUCCUGUGACCAACACCGCAUGGCUUGCCUCUGUGGCCUCUGAAGGCCAACAGAUGCACUUCCCAUCCCUUGGAUAGCUGGGAAGCAGGGAAGUGUCAUGCAUGGGUCACAGGUAGGACAUGGCAUUGCCUCUUGAAGGCAUCACUAGCUUCAUGAGGGAAGGAUGUGUGUUGUGUGUAGAUAGUGGCUGAUCCCAUCACAACCUGGCAAUGCUGGGCUCAGCAGACCUAGCUGGCUCAUUUCCUCUUGGCAUAACUUUAGCCAGCAGUCCUUGAGCCAGCAGAGCCUUGCUGCAGACAGCCUGGGGACGGGAGCUGCAGCCGAGCUGCCGGAGAGCUGCCGGUGGCUCAGGAACCGCAAGCUGGCCACCCUGCUGUGUGGUUGUGGGCCCUAUGGCUUUGGCAGGUCUCAGCCUCUCCAAGGAGCUGGUGGCUGCCUCAGCUGCCACAUGUGUAGCAAUGAGGACUAUAGUCCUUUCCAGACUCCAAAAUGAGAACAGAAGCGUGUAGGGUUGUGCUUUGUGCGGAUGAGGAUAAAGCUCUUUUAGGACUGAUGGAAGCCAUUGCUUUCCCUUGAGAUUAUAUCCUCAUUUUUUUCUCUCUCAUGUAAGUGAUACAUGAAAUUCUGACUCUCUGAACAGCCUCAAUGCUGUGAAAUGUUCUCAUUCAGGCAGAGAAUCUAGGUCAGCCGUUCAGCAGAAAAGAUCCAGCCUUCAUUGACCAGAAUGCACAGGCCUGCAGCAGGACAAUUUUUCCUUGCUUGUUUUGUUCACAGCGAGCUCCUAAGACUGACAGCCAUUUUAUGGACAGCAGCUCCAGCUUCCUGUCAGCAGGAUAGAUGUAGGCAUUGCAGAUUCAAUGUACCACAGUAGAAAAUCAAUAAUAUGAAAUAUUCAUUUUGAUUUUUACCUAAGAUGGAACAAUCUUUUUUCAGUGAUGAAAAUCUGUACAUAUGUUUAAAAGGAUUUGAUUCAUAAGAUGAUACAUUAUGGGGAUGCACUUAAAUUUUGUCUCUGAUUCCUCACCUAUAAAUAACUGCUCUUACAUAUGGCAUCUAAUUAUUUAAUUGUAUAUGCAGAUUAGAUAGUCAUUUACAUGCUAUCCUCAAUGACAGCAACUAAUUGCACUGACAAUUAUUUCCAGGCACAUAUGGUAAUGCCAAAGGUUUUAAAUAUCAGCCAAUACCUGCUAUACAUACCAAUAUUUCUCCCCCUCUCUUUUCUCCAAAUAAUGUUAAAAUAAAUUAGUAUCACAAGGUACAUCUGUUUCCUAGAACUAGUUGUACCCAGACAGGAUCUGCUGUGGUAUAUAUUUUGUAUAAGACUACAGCCUAGCUUGGAAUUCCUAGUCUAUCUGUGUGCCAGCCCCCCAACACCGUGAAGCAAUAGGAGGGAAAGUGUAAAUAUGCUUUUUUUCAGCCAUGUUUAUAUGUGUGAAGGGGAGACAAUUGCAGAUGUAGAGGACUUCGGUCCCUACUUGACUCUGUAAGAAGUGUGAUCCAUAGCCAUUUUGAUCCAGAAGGUACUUUAUGGAUCUUUUGCUUUCCCUUUGCAUAGAUUUAGAUGACUACACAGGGCACGGUCAGUAGGAAUCAGAUCUAGGGAAUGCCCCGUUCAUUUUCUCAUCCCCAUCUGUAAAAUCAGUGCAGUCUUCUUUUUUCCUGAUGUGAAACAGGUUUUGAGCAGGAAAGCUUACAUUUUGCUGACUUUUUACCCAUUUUGCAUACCUAAAAUAUGUAUAACUGUGAACAGCAUGGUAACAGCCAAAGAGGCCUUGUUUGAACAUGUAACCAUUUUGGGGCUUGGAAACGUCAUGUCAAAAAUUCAUGUGGAAAAUACCAUUAAAAACACAUUCACUCAAACAAAAAAGCUCCAGGAAACUGCCUUAAAAUACAAUGACUCCAUGCUGAGCCAAGACCAGUUACAUUCAACUGGUUUAUAUUUUGUGCGAUUUUCAGAUGCUGUUGACUCCAAGGUAUUUACUGUCUCGUAGCCAUGGAGUGUACAAACACCACGCUGGCCUGGCUUCACUCUGAGAUGGAAGGAAAUAGCCGUGUACUCCAAUGCUUGGUUGAAAUGUGGCCUUAUUGAUUUAUUAAUCAAGUUUCAAGAGUCUCCACUCCUGAAAGCCAAAAUAUUUCUCUGAACUAGCAGUAGGAACCCACUCAAGAUUUGGGUCUUCUGAGUGCUGAAGUAAUGCGGGGGGACCCUGAGGAAUUGGAGAUACAGGCUGAGAAACUACUUCUGUGGGUGCUCUUCCUGCCUGUUGUCCCGAUCCCCUCCUAGGCAGGCAGAGGGACCAGGCUGCCCGUCCCUUGAACCCCUUCUCAGCACAAUGGAAAAAUCAGGGAAAGGGAAUUCCCAGCUUGGUACCAGCUUCUUUACUGAAGACAAAACUGCUACUUCCAGAAGGAUUGCUUUAUUCUUCUUUUACUAUAUGGCUGAGCAGGAGACACGUGGAUCUGCUUGGGUAAUGAAGAAGAUGAAGUGUUUCUGGGGACUCUUCAGGGGAGGCAGCAGCAAGGGGGAGAAAGCGACUGGUGAAGGUGUAAGGAUGCUUCCCAAGACCACUUGGAAGGAGAGAAAUGAGCUGGAAGCAAGGAAGAGAGGGAGACUGAAAAACGAAACAGACAACUUGCUAAAGAUUAUGACUACUAAGAAAAAAGCAGCUAAAAAGAAGCCUGAAAAUGAGAAUUUGGUAGGGAAUUUGGUGAAGACUACAACAUGUAGGAAGGAAGUAGAAGUAAAGUCUGCAGAGGAAAUCUGUGGAUUCAUUGAACAUGGGAAAUUUUGUCAAGCUAGUGAACGUAUUUAUGAUCUGGAGCAUUCUGGAAGCGAUAGUGUGGGAAAAUCUGAAUCGCUUUAUACACAGCUGGCUGAAGAGAUGUGGUCCACCGUGGGAAAAGCGUUCAGUGGAGGCGAGAGGAUAUCACUGGAGCCAUUGCAGUCAGUGGGCAAAUUGCUGAAGUGGGAGAAGAAGCUAAGGGAGGAGUUUGGCAGCAGCCAAGGGAUGGAGCCUGUUUCCACCUGGAUUCCAAGAUUCUGGAAGAAAGACCUGGAGGAAAAGCUAACAGAGUACAUGACAGCCCAGAUUCCCUACUUCGAUUCCACUAGUAACACAGAUGAGACUGCCUUAAAACAGCAUCUAAAACAGCUGGAAAUGACAUUUCUGCCCAGCCUGGAGUGCAGAAGUGAUUUCUUUGAGGAAGCAGGCCUGCCUGACAUGUAUGCCUGGUGCUUUCAUGCCUGCUUAUCUUCUCAUAUUUCUACCCUUACUGACAAUAACCAUGUUAGCUUCAGCCGAUGUCUGUUAGUUUAUGAAUGGUUCCUUGAAAUGUACAAAAGAGCUCUAUUUUCUGUACGCAGUGGCAAGUGGACAUUGCUGGGACUCAGACAGACCCCACACCACCUCCUUUCCCUUGAUGCACAGUGCCUCAUGGGGAUUAUUUUGAAGACAGAGGAAAAGUUACUUGCAGUCACCCAGAAGGAGGUAAGGGAAGCCCUGAAAAAAGUCUUUGACAGUGGGGAAUCCCCUUGUGCCAGUGCUGCAGUCAUUCAGGUAAUAGGAGAGAAGACAGAGGCUGCUGAGCGCGUCGGUAAGAGCCUGAGGGAGCGAGUGGAAGCCGUGUGCCUGGAGGAGUACCUGAGCUUCCUCAGGAGCUAUGAAAAUGAAGUAAGAAGCUUUCUCCAGUUCCAUCAGAUCAGCAGCAGCCAACAAAUCCUCAACAACUUCUUCAUUCUCAGAGACACCUGGAAUAAGCUAACAUACAUUUGCAGUGCCAGCACCGAUCAGGAUGUUAAGGUAAAAGGAUUUCUAGACCAGAUGGAAGACAAGAUUGUAGAACAUCUUCGGCAGACAAUCACUUCUGAAGUCAAGGGAAUACUAAAGAAUCACUUCAAAAACCAUGACAGUAGUUUAAGCUACACCCUAGAAUUAUUAAGGCAAAGCUUUCUGACAUUUAAAGAGAAAAAUACAGGCAAGUAUAAGGAUCUUGUCAAGGCUGUCAAAGUCGUCAUUAUCACAGAAUAUGUGCAGGCCCUCCUGACCACUUCCAGGAAACCGUCUUCUAGGCAGAGGAGGAGGAUUGUCAGCAAGAUAGAAGAAGAUUAUAGGAUACUACAAACCAUCUUUGAAGAAUGCUUAGGUCCUGAAGGAGGUUCCCUCCAGGAUCCAAUAAAAGCAAUUCUAGAACUUAUUCAAACUUCUGAUGCCGAAGGAAUGAAAAUAGCCCUUCUGCCCAUUCUCAGAGAUUUUCCUGAUCUAAGGCAAGAACAUCUGAACAUCAUACUGGACCUCAAAGACUCACUCAGCCGAAGAGACAGAGCUGCUCUCUUGAAGAUAUUUCAUGAUAAUUGUGAGGAAAUUGGAGAUAUAGAGGUAAAAUCUAGGACAUACGGACUGUGUGACUGCUUCUGUUAGCAAAGAUCUCUCUGCCCUGUAGCAGCACCUGCAAUCACAGCUCCUUGGGAGUUUCUGGGAUGCUGUGGUCGGAGGCACGAAGAAGCAGGCCAGCUGCAGAAGACAAUUCCUGCACUUCUUCAAGAAAACCAUGAGGCCUAAAUCCCAAUCUUCUGUGCAAAGAUGUGCUGGAUGGUGCAUAAGAAGGUCAAAGCAGAGUGAUACUCCUGCAACAUUUCCUAGAGACUGCAGCUUGGCUGCGUGCAGUUGCUCAUUCUCAGGAUGUGGCAUGGUGCUAUGUGGAGGGGGAACCUCCCAAAUUUCCUACAUGCCACCUCAGAUGUAACCAGGGACUGCUGUCCCAUCCUAGUGGGUGACACGGCACCUCUGUGUCCACAGCUGACCUGGAUCCAGCCCCGCAACCUCAGUCCUGGCACCUGCACGGGAGCGGUGCAGAGAGGGGCUGCCCCGGCAGGCCGUGGGAGGAUGCAGCCGCCGUGGCUCGUGGCAGCCUGUGGCUGCUGGUCUUGCACAAGUUUUACAGCAGGCUCUGAGGCUGAGCUUUGCAUUCAUUUUACACCUCACUUAAUGGAAAUUUCUCUUUCUGUGGGAAGCAGCUGCUUUGCAGAGGGACUUCUUACUGCGGAGACUCUCGUGGGAAGCAAGCGGGCAGUGAAGGUCGCUGUUCGUCCCAACCUCGCACAAGGCCUAUGCUGCUUUCAGAUGUAAAUAGGCAGCUACGCAUCUACUGCCUGGUCACAGCCUCCAAGCUGCAUUUGGAUCAAAGCCCUCAUUUGCUAUUGUAUCGAUAUAGGUCGUUUGCAGUUGUGUUGAUAUAGGUUGUUGGCCGCUCUGGCCACGUCAGCCAGCUAACAGUAUGGAAAAGCGGUGCUGUCUCCCACACUCGGUCUUCCUGAGCAGCCGUUCCUGCUCGGAUGUGCUCCCUCAUCUCCUGGCACUUGAACAGACUCUCCUUUAACUAGAAAAGGGGCAGAUCUGGGAAUAACCAUAAGGGCUCCUGGCCGUGGGCACGGCCAGCCCUGAGACCCCAGGAAGCCCUGGGCAGGCACCGUGGCGCCGCUCGGCGCAGCAAGCCCCUCUGGCCUGGGAGCUGCGUGGGGGCAAGAAGGGGCUGAUGGCCGCUGCUGUUUGUGCUCCUGGCGCAGCGCCCGAGUCACGCCGAGCUGGUGGUUUAAUCAUCGCGAGGCUUCGGCGCUGUCAAAAUCCAUCGCUUGGACCGGAAAAGGGGAGGAAUAGGGUUCCCACGAACGCCUGCAGCCUGCCCGGCCCUACUGGUUGCAAAUCCACUUCAAAAGCCCAAACUUCACAUCCUUUGCAUUUUAUAAUUGCCCCUUGCUGCCCCAGGUAUAGCCUUCCAUGGAUUUGCAGAGAUGCGGUGACCCGGCGGCGCUAAGCGGGGUGGGAACCCAGCAGACUGUGCUAUUCCUCCUCCUGCGCUGCCUAAUGGACGUUUUCUCAGGAAGUGAUCACAGGCCUUGCUUUUCCACAGCAGGAUUAGAGGUGGCCUCUGCUUGUUGGAUUUUCUAUCAGCGGUGCUUCUGGAGGAAAUAAAUAAAAAGCCCUCAGAUGUUUUGAUCAUGGUUGUUCUCAAAAUAAUUCCUCAGCACUUGGAGGGUUCCUUCCAAAAGCGCUUUGGUUGCUACGUGCCUCUCUCCCGUUGGACGUUCAUGCUUGGGGAAGCGCAUACGCUGCUGGUGAGCUGAGGAAGCUGGCGGGGCUGCACAGUUUUGCGCUAGUGACCUGGCUCAGAGCGAGUCUGUGCUGCAGCUCCCGGCUCCACUGCUGCUGGCUGGGCAGUGCCUGCUGCUCCAUGUGCUCUGGGCAAAAGAAGACUGCUUUUGGUGGGGUCUCUAAACCACAGAUUCCUCUGCCCUGCGUAGAGCAUCAUGCCACAGGAAGGGUAGAUAAAGACUUCGCUUCAGGAAGGAAACCUCAGAUUGGGAACCUUCUCCGUGGCCUUUAGCAUCAGUGGCCUGUGGAUGGUUUUCUGGAGCAGGAGGAUGCCGGGGUGUUCACCAGGAUGCGGGAAUGGAGACGGGGGCAGAGCGGCUGUGUCACUGGGGGCAGAUGGCGGGUGGCCUGCAAGUCACCUGGCGGAGCAGGCGGGGUGUGGGGAGGCCCCAAGAUGUGGGGGAUCCGAGUUCGCUCCUGGGCAAGGAGGGCUGAGCAGAGGGAGGACGGCAGGCACCGGCGGGGCAGCUCCCAGUGCGUCCCACAGCUCCCAGUGCAUCCCCCAGCCGGGCCAGGGGAGAAGCCGAGACCCGGGAAGGAUGCGCGGCUGGUGCCAUCUAGCGGAACCGGGACGGCUGGGAAGGGCUCUGGCUCCGCUGUAUUUCCUCUUUGGGCUGGCACCGGCCGCCGGUGCCCCGCGGAGCCCCCGCAGCGCUGGCCGGAGCCCGCGGGCCGGAGCCCGGCAGGGCGGCCGCGGGGCUGCCCGGCGGCCGGAGCCCGCAGGGGCGCCGCUCGCCUUCAGCGCGGUCGCUCCGGUGAGAGCAAGUUUACUCGGCAGCAGAAAUAAAACAGGUAUGUGUUAGCUGACCUUUCCUCCCUCCUUCCCAGGGCCCUGGGCCUGUUUCCUCUGUCCUACCCGCCAGCUCCACACCUGCCAGCUCUCCUUUUCUCUCAAGUGGUCUGAUUGCUGGAGAUAAAGCAAAUAAACUGGGAACAGUGCUAUUCAA